AAAAGUUGUUCUCAAGAAUGGUAAUUCUUGUGAAAUUGUUGAAUGUGCUCCAAAGCUUUACACCGGAGACUAUCAGUGAUGUUUUGUAGCACGUGGUCUCGUAGAUCUUUCUCCGGGGGCAGUCCACAAAGAAUUUCUUUCUCGAUGUCCGUACCAUAUGCUCGUCUCCAGAAGGAUUGUGCUCAGUGAACGCAGCUAAAGUUUCCACAUGACAGCCCCCUUUGACAGCCUUCACUGGCUCCGAGUUGAAACAUCGACCGAUCUACUUUCGUCCUGUAUAAACGCCCAACUAGUUUUUUCUAUCGAAGAUCGUUCAUCUGCAGGGGAGAAUUAAAAUUUGAACUGUCAGUUGCGAUGGGUUCACCCCACAUCUGUACAAUGAAGACUGCAACGAGGGCAUGUUUCUUUCUUUCCCUGAUUGUAGCAUGUUGCUGCAGAGAGGUUGCUUCCUCUGGUUCACGGCUCGUGGACUCUUUCAGCUCCGCAGAGCCCGAUCUGCUGCACGAUUUGACAGAAAAGUCUGAUGUCGAUAUUGUUUUGUGGCACUCAAAGCUGGAGGGUCUACACCCUUACCUUGCAUCCACGGAAUCAGCAAUCGGGCCGGAAAGGUGUCAGAAAUUUUAUUCCUAUCUUCCAUGCUCAGAAAACAAGCUAGGAGGACUUUUUCUACUUCUUGUUUACGGAUUCAUAUUCUGGAAAGCAGUCGAUUUUAUCUCAGAAGCGAGCGAUCUUCUCCUGUCUGGGGGUACAUGUGCUGCUGGAAACAUUUGCAUUCCCCUAGUGAAGACUUUGCCAGCUGCAUUUCUGAUACUCGUGGCAGUUCCGGCAACAACUAAGGAAGAGGCACGAGUUCAAGCACAAGUGGGAGCAGGUCUGCUAUCUGGAACAAACAUCGUACUGCUCUGUCUCGUCUGGGGAGGCUCAGUAGUUGCGGGCAACCGCAAGGACUUAUUAGGAAGAGAAGUUUCUGUCGGAGAAAAUGCAAGAAGUUUAUCAUGGAUCACAGCAUUCACGCUGCUAUCUUACUUGGUUGCACAAAUUCCUGUGACUUUUGGAUGGUCAGAGAGCUCGGUUAACUUUGGAAUGCUAGCAGCUAUUAUGCUCUCUCUGAUUGGACUUGCAAUCUUCUGGAUUCACCAGAUGUGUUCGAGCGUUUCUCCUCCCACCAAUACGAGGCCAUUCAAAGGGCGUGUUCCUAAAAAUUCCUUGGAGGACGAACGAGUUUUCGAGGACAGUGAACUGAAUGAGUUGUUUAAUCGCCUUGACACAGACAACAGCGACCGUAUCAGCAUAAAGGAGUUGCGUGCGUUGAUAUUUGGCUACGGAACAAGAGGUGAAUUUAGGCCUCCUUCAACACGAACGAUCGAAAGAUGGAUGGCAGACUUUGAUGUCAUAGAGGUGGAUGGUGUACUUUCUAAAGAGGAGUUCGUGAAAGGUAUGAAGGCGUGGCAGAAGGGACGUUCACAGGAGCCUGAGGGCAAGUUCCGACCAAAGUUCAGAGAACAAGAUGACCAGGAAAUCAAUUUAAGUGUCGGAGCCUUGAGGAGAGAACUACGAGAAGAGUUAGCACAAAAUGCGCUUCCUCCGAAGAGAACGAAUACUUGCUCGGCUGUGAUUUACCUUCUUGCCGGCUUAGCGAUUACAGCUUUGGCAUCAGUGCCCGUGGUUGGCGUUGUUGGAGAUAUCUCCGAGGCCGCGGGCAUAUCUCCGUUGUUCGUCUCCUUCGUGGCAAUUCCUCUGCUGUUACACCUCGGGGAGGGAAUCUCAGAUAUCUCUGCAGCUCGGAAGAACAGAGGCCACAUUACAACUGCUUUUCACAAGAUCUACAGAAAGCUGGCUAUGACCAACACUCUGGCACUUGCAAUCUUCUUGGCAGUCGCCUACUACAAGGACUUGACAUGGAACUUUUUACCUGAGGUGCUCAUGAUCCUCAUUUCCUACCUGAUUACGGUUAUCCUAACAUCAGUGCGGACAGUGUUUCCUGCUUGGAUCGGUCUUCUGGCGCUGCUGCUUUACCCUGUAUCAAUUGUGGUCGUAAUCCUUUCCAACCUGAGUGCUCCCGAAAUUUAGAGCAACGGAGCUACACAUUGGAAAUUUUUGUUCAGUGGCACAACACGAUAAGUCCAGCCUCCAAACAUCGACUCCUCAGCCCUUACUCUGUGUUCAGAGUCAGGCUCGUUGUUACUGUUUUUACACUUCUGUACAUUCUUCCCUUGCUUCACUCCAACCGUCAACCCUGUGCUCAUACAGUUCACCCCUUCAUCCACUCUGUCGUCUUCAAAGUUUCUCAUGGCCAUUAUGCCUCACCGUGAAGCCCAUCAAUUCCGUUUUUCGACUACUUGCAAUGAUCCGUGAACGAAGAGCCAAUGCAAAUGCCAAAUCACUUACGAUGCCUGCACGUCUGCUAACCGAUGAAUGAAUAUGUUAGCGUGCCACUCUUACUACCAAAAUGCAUUUCUCUCGAGUUCCGAGUAUCAUCUCAACUUGUGUCCGAAACAGAGUGGUCACGAUAGACCCUUGAACAUGGAAGCUGAAUUGGUUUCACGUAAGCUGUUCCAGGAGCUUUGAGUGUAGUUACAGUAGUUAGCUGCCGAGCUAGACUGAUUAGAGGCGCUCAUGUAAUAUGACAGGACUGAUGUUAGCUAGACUUUCAGAACGACUGAGGUCAAUGGCCACUAUACCGCUCGAGGCUUGGAAAUCUGUCCUCGGAGCCGGAAAGGCCUCAUUGUGCGACAGCACUCAGUUUGUAUUUUUUUCUGUAUAUACGUGGACGAAGUUUUGCCACCCUGAAUUGAGAGUUAUAUCUUCCAUUCUAGAGAGAUACCUCUACUCCGUAAAAUACCUCUCUGCCCUUGGCAACGAGUGUCAACCGCCAAAGUAACUUAUU